AUGGCCCAAGAGGCUCUUCUCGAUAGGAUAGACCUUCAUGCUUUGGGUGAGGAGGGAGAUUUUUCUGGGUUUUCGGACCAAGAAAUUACCGGUAAGAAAGAGAAAAAGUCUUCGGACAAAAAACGGUUAAAAUCCGUCGUGGUGGAGAAAGAAAAUAAACCCCCUCGUGGUAAAGGCAAAAAACAGUCAGGUAAUACUUUGAAUACUAUUUCUUCGGAAAUAUCGGACAGAAAUUUAUCCUCGGAUAAAUUUGAUUUGAAAAAAUUAUCUAAUAAGGAUAUUGAAGGUCUUAGGACUCUUCUUGGUAUACAGCCUGUUGUUCAACAGAAUCCUCAGUUUCUCCAUGAUUGUGAUAACUAUGACUAUAAUGAGGAUAAUUAUGAUUAUAUGGAUGAUGAAUCUGUGAAUGAUAACUAUUCUGCUGUUCCUGCAGCAUUAAAACCUAACCUUAGGGUGGAGGUUGCUGCCCAAGAUGUUGAUAUUGAAGAUACAGGGAUUCGUAAUCUGUCAAAAGAUUUUUCUUCGGCUUUUGAUGAUGGUUGUACUGAUAAUAGACUUGAGUCGGAUAGUGAUACAUGGGAUCUUCCCAAAUUAAAGAUACCAGAGAAAGGUGAGCCAGUGAAUGAGUCCUUGGCCAAUUUAAUUAACACGGCAUUUACUGCCCAGUGUGACUUAGACUCUAUUUUGAAUAAGUACCAAGUACCUAAGAAUUGUGAUAGGGCCAUUCCGCCCAUUGUUAACCAGGAAAUAUGGAAAACAUUAGACAAAAGAGCCCAUUUUCAAGAUAAGUUUAUGGUGGACAUACAAAAUCUUGUGGUUUCGGGCCUAGGUCCAGUUGUUAAGUUGCUUGAGUUUGUGAAAAAGAACAAUCUUAUGAAAAACGAGGCAAAAUGUAUCUUCUCUGACCUGUUUACUGUUCUGGGUCAGGUGCAAUACAACCUCAGUUUGAGGAGGAGAUAUCUUAUAAGACCGUAUUUGAAGAAGAAGUAUUCUUCAUUGUGUAGUAUUUCGAUGCCUAUAACAACCAAACUUUUUGGUGACGAUGUUUCAAAAGAAGUCAAAAGUUGUGAUGCUUUAUCGUACAUUGGUAAGGAUUAUACUUACAGCAAUUAUAGAGGUGUUCAGCGUAGACGCUCUGGUCGAGGAUUUGUUAACUCAAAUUUUAGUAAUUACGGCUACCAGUCAUCUACAUACAAUCAGCGUUCUGGCUUUAGGACUAGACCGUAUCCGUUACGUGGACAAUCUUUCAAGAUUGGUCUAGGCGGACGAGGAAGAGGUAUGAGAAGAGGUGCCUUGGCUUCUGCUACAGCCAGUGCCCCAAACGAUCAGGAAUAAAUGAAAGGGUUACCCAGACACAGAGAUCUUCUAGUUUUGCCGCACAAUGGAACAUUACACCCAUUAGGAAGAAAAUUAAAAAUGAUUGGAGUGGUGUUAUCAGGGAAAGCCUGCAGAGUAAGGGAAUUUCAUCAAAUGUUGCAGAUUUCAUCACGGAAUCUUGGUCACAGGGCACAAGAAAACAGUAUAGCAGUGCCUGGAAAAGAUGGUAUAUGUGGAAUUCUAUUAGAUGUUCCAGUCCAAUUUGUUCGUCUGAAGGUGUAGUCGUGAGUUACCUGUAUUUUUUAUUUCAAUCUGGUAUGUCAUAUUCGGUUAUAAAUCUUCAUAAAGCGAUGUUAAUGCAAACAUUGUCCUUAUUGGGAAAUACAUGGUGUAGUGACAACAAAAUGAUUGUAAGAUUCAUGAGAAGUGUAUUUUUACAUAAACCGGCUAAACCGCGUUAUAUAAUGAUUUGGGAUGUUUCUGUUGUUUUGUGUUAUUUACAAAAGUUAAUGCCAUUAUCUAGGUUAUCUUUGAAAUUAUUAACUUUUAAAACCUUAGCCUUGAUUGCUCUUGCAACUGCACCAAGAGCUCAGACUUUGUGUUCUUUAACUUUAGACAAUA